CAUAACCACCAUUUUAUUUCUCUCUCUUCUAGCUCAGCUGAGGAUGAGGUUGUCAAGAGACUUACGAGUCAGUUUUCAGCUGAAACUCAAACCCGUGACGACGAAACACACAUGUUAAAAUACAUUGAUGAUGAAAUUGCUAGGAGGAAGGGAAAACAAGAUGAGGAGACCGUACUGUCUGAGUAUGAAGCUAAGAUUGCUUCGUUAUACAAGAUACCAGAAAAGUAUCAAGUUGAGGAUUCCAAGCGGUCGGAAGACAUGCUCUCAAAUCAAAUGCUGUCUGGCAUACCAGAAGUAGACCUUGGGCUGGAUGCCAAGUUUAAGAAUAUCGAAGAGACAGAGAUAGCGAAAAAGAAAAUGGCAGAAGACAAAUUAAAAAUGAAGGACAAGCAAACUUCCAUGAUACCCACUAACUUUGCAUCUAAUUUCACCCACCACAGCCUCAGAUUUUUUAAAGACAGAGGCAGAGGUCAUCAUCGAAGAGGAGGAGGAGGAGGGAAGAGGUCACAAGAAGAGGAGGAGACUGAGUCACGUGACCAGCCAUCGUUCAUACCAGUGGUUGGGUCGUUUGAUGAACCUGAACUCAAACCAACCACAAGAGACGAAGGAGGAGGUGGUCCUAAUACUAAGAAGAGAAAACCUGGAGCUGAUCACAGUCAGCUACCAACAGAUGACUAUCAUUUUGAUAAGUUUAGGAAGAAAGCAAAGUCUCACAGAUGAUAAUUGAUGUUUAUUUUUAAUUUAAUGAUCACUGCAAACAGGAAGAUCUUGUCUCAAAAAAAA